AUGGAAGAUUUUAUUGUAAUGGAAAGCGUGAAAGAAGAACCUGUUGAUUCGAAUGAAUAUUGUUGGAAUACCUUUGAGUUAAAGCCCUCCGUUGCGGCGCACAAGGAGCAGAAGCCAGAAACUACUUGUGGUGACGAAGAGAAGAUGGCUCGCUUUGAAAAACACGAAAGGGGGAUUCUGGCAAAAAUUUGCCAGAAAUACCCAGUUUUGGCGCGGGAAGCGUAUACAAGUGAUGUGAUUCGCGAGAAGAAACAAGCCUGGAUUAAAAUAUGCGAAGAAUUUAACGCGUCAAAUCCAGGCAAACCUGCGCGUGAAUGUGGACAACUUCAGAGCCUCUGGAAACGUUUGAAAGAUGGAGCCAAAAAAGCCCUUGAUGCUUCAAGGAAUGAGGCCAGAGGCGCUGGAGGAGGUCCAUCACAAACAAAAUGUAUGGAUGCAGCGGAAGAAAUUGUGGCAGGAAUGCUAGGAGCAUCAUUUGAACCAUUAGAAAUGGCACACGAUGAUGAUGCCUUUGUAUUCCAGGAAGGUCCUGAAGUACUACAUAUUCCCACAAUUAUUGAUAAUAAUGGUGGGACUGUAAAUGGCAGUUGGGAGUUAGAUGUCAUGGAAACAAAUGAUGCUCCUGGUUCUUCUGCCAAAUUUUCUAUGCCUGUAGCCCAGAAAAAGGCAUCAAAAGUAAAAAAAAAAAACAAUAAUGAAGAUGAACUAUUAAAAAUGGCAAAACUGGAGCACAUGGCCAAAAUGGAACAACAUGCAGAUCCUCUUGAAUUCUGCUGCGGAAGUGCACCUAUUGUUACAAUAAAACAAGAGAUCACGCCAUGUUCCCCAGGAGAAGGGAGUUUUCAAUCAGAGGAGACCAACGCAAUCCGGACGCAACAGAACCAAAUUACAGACUUGGAUUGCAUUCGCAAGAGCUGCUUUGGCAACUACGACCAGAUCGUGCAUCUCGCGCACGCGCACCCAAAUACGGAUAUCCGCAUUAAAAAAAGUUCAAAGUGUUCCAUCUGUGAGAAGACAUUCAUUCAGAGAGCAGACUUGGAUAACCACAUGCGCACUCACACUGGCGAAAAACCUUUUCAGUGUUCCAUCUGCGGGAAGACAUUCGCUAUCAAAUCAGGCUUGAAUUAUCACGUGCGCACCCACACUGACGUAAAACGUUUCCAGUGUUCCGUCUGUGAGAGAAUGUUCUUUUGGAAAAGAGACUUGAACAAGCACAUGCGCAUCCACACUGGUGAAAAACCUUUCCAGUGUUCCAUCUGUGAGAAGACCUUCAUUCGGAAAGCAGACUUGGAUAGGCACAUGCGCACCCACACUGGUGAAAAAUCUUUCCAGUGUUCCAUCUGUGAGAAGACGUUCAUUCACAAAGCAGACUUGGAUAGGCAUAUGCGCACCCACACUGGUGAAAAACCUUUCCAGUGUUCCAUCUGUGAGAUGACUUUCAGUCAGAAAGGAACCUUGUCUCGUCACGUUCGCAGUCAUAUUGGUGAAAAAUCUUUCCAGUGUUCCAUAUGUGAAAAGACGUUCAUUCGGAAAUCAGACUUGGAUAGGCAUAUGCGCACCCACACUGGUGAAAAAUAUUUCCAGUGUUCCAUCUGUAAGAAGACGUUAAUUUUCAAAUCAGACUUGGUUAGGCACAUGCGCACCCACACUGGUGAAAAACCUUUCCAGUGUUCCAUCUGUGAGAAGACUUUCAGUCAGAAAGCAUCCGUAUCUCGCCACGUUCGCAGUCACACUGGUGAAAAAACUUGUUAGUGUUCCAUCUGAUGGAAGAACUUCGCACGGAAUGCAACCUUGGCUCUUCAUAUGCCCACUCACUGGCAAAAAUCUUUUUCCGGUAUUCCAUCUCUGAUUGUAUCUUCACUGUAUAAGAGAUGAUGCGUAUUCACAUGCACAACACUGGUCAUAAAUCAUUCCAAUAUUCUAUCAUAGACCUUUUUUCAGAAAGGAACCUCAGUUUUUCAUGUGCACACUCACACUGGUAAAACAAUUUCAGUGUUCCAUCAGCGUAAUGACGCACUUAAAAAAGGAUCUAUGUGGAUUUUCCUUCAAGGACAUAGAUGUGCCCUGAGAUUAAUUGUGAUGUGCAUAAUAGCUGAGCCAACGUAGUAAAUAGAUAGCGGGGAAUCUGACCCAAGGUUAGUUUACAUAAAAUGUGUUUAAGCAAUUACAGUAAUUAACGAAAUGAGUGUACAAAUAGUAUAAUAACUUGCGCGGUAUGUUGAAGAAAACAAGCGACGAUAGGAGCGAGUUUUCUUAUUUGCCAUGAGUCCAACUAUACCCCUUUAACCACGUGUUUCGUUCAAUAUUUUUUCGUUUCAUUAAAGAAUAGUUUUAAUGUUGAGAAACUCAAUCAUGUCUUGACUCUUUGAAGUCUGCAUUUGAUGACGUCAUAUUGGAUCUAAACAAGACCCUUUUUAGAUUGUAUAUUUGUAUAUUUAUGAUCACCUAAGUGUCUUACAGAUUAAUGUAUGAAAUAAGUCAUGGGAAACGUUUGAAAAUGGAAAAUGUUUAACGUUUACGAGCUAUUAGCAGAAGCUGGCAAAGCCAUGAAAACAUCACUUCGUACGAAAAGUAAGGGCAUGUAUGAGGGAACAACACGUGUUAAUGUUGGAAAGGAGAAAGACGAUUCGGCUACGGCAGUGGAUAAUCCACUAUAACGUAAAGAGUAAAUAUUGGCGCUCUUUCGACAACUGAACGCCUUCGAUUUUUACAAUGCAACAAAUAUGUUUAUUAUAAAGUAAACUAAUUAAACCAAGUAUUAUAAACUUUUGUUACGUGGAUAAGUUGUAUAAAAUGAAUAUUAAAUAUUGUU